GACAGAGAGAGACUGAGUGACUCACAGACUGAGAGAAACUGAGUGACUGAGAGAGACUGACAGACUAAGGGGGUGUGGCUAUCACCUGAGUGACUGGGGGGUGUGGCUAUGACCUGAGUGACUGGGGGGUGUGGCUAUGACCUGAGUGACAGGGGGCUUUAGUACCAGCUGCACGCUAUUGGCUGGCUCAUUACCCGGGCAGCAGCACAGAGCCCAGCGCAGGGAGGGGGCGCGGGAGGCAUGGGGAACGUGCUGCGUAGCGCGGUGGCCUUCAUCCCCUCCGAGCGCUGCCAGCGCUUCCUGGUGGGCGAGCUGAAGGAGAUGCCGCUGGACUGCACGCUGGACCUGAGCGGCUGCCACCUGCGGCGCCUCCCCCUGGCCGCCUGCGCCUUCGACCGGCUGGUCAGGCUCUACCUCAGCAACAACCGGCUGGGCGGCCUGCCCCCGGAGCUGCGCCAGCUGCGCAGCCUGCAGCUGCUGGCGCUCGACUUCAACUGCCUGGAGGAGCUGCCCCUGGCGGUCUGCGGCCUGCCCCAGCUCAACACCCUCUACCUCAGCAACAACCGGCUGGACAGCCUGCCCCCGGAGCUGGCGCUGCUGGCCGAGCUCCGCACCCUGUGGCUGGAGGCCAACUGCUUCGCCGAGUUCCCCGACGUGCUCUGCCACCUGCCCGCCCUGCGCACCCUCCACCUGGGCUACAACCGGCUGCGGGCCCUGCCGCCGGAGCUGGCCGCCCUGGGGGAGCUGCACAGCGUGUGGCUGGCGGGGAACCUGCUGGCCGACUUCCCGCCGGUGCUGCUGGAGAUGCACCAGCUGGGCGUGAUCGACGUGGACCGCAACCGCAUCCGCCGCUUCCCGCCGCUGGCGCACCUGGCGGGGCUCAGCCUGGUCAUCUACGACCACAACCCCUGCGUCAACGCGCCCGCCGUGGCGCCCGGCGUGCGCCGCGUGGGCCGCUGGGCCGACUGCGCCGACGACGAGGACGAGGAGGAGGAG